AUGGGUAAAUCACUUGCUGAAAAAUUAUUGUCAAGAGAUAAUUAUAAGUUACCUGUUACAUUAGUCGGAUUUGGUUUAGGAGCUAGAAUUAUUUAUUAUUGUCUUGAAGAAAUGUCUACAAAGGAAAAUUCCGAAGGUAUUAUUUUAGAUGUUAUGUUAUUCGGGGCUCCAGUUGUAUGUUAA